UUUUUCAAAAAAAAACUUAUAUGGAAGCCGACUGUUGAAGCUAAUUAGAAUAUAUCCAUUAUAAAUAGCAGAUUGUGUAAUUAGCUUCUUUGCAUCUCCUGUCUUUCUUCUUUCAAUUUUAGCACUUAGGAUUUCCUGCAAUAUGACCAUUAAUUUCUGCAGUAAUUCUUUAGUCCUCUACUUUCUUUGUUUGCUUUACUUUGUUACCUUAUCAAAUGCUGGAACUUUUGAUUACCCAUCUGCAAAUCUCUCUACUUCAUGGAGAAAUAGCCCCUCUCUUCCACAUUCUGUAGAAUUCACAGAUGGAUCGACUGUGAGAGCCAUUCUUCUCAGAGGAACCUUUGGUCCAAGGUUCGCUUGCGGUUUCUUCUGCAAUGGAACAUGCGACUCUUAUCUCUUUGCCAUCUUUAUUGUUCAAACCAAUAGUGCUUCAUAUAUAACCUCUCCUGCUAUUGGUUUCCCUCAAGUAGUUUGGUCAGCUAACAGAAAUAAUCCUGUUCGCAUCAAUGCGACCUUGCAGUUCACAUCAGGUGGAGAUUUGAUCUUGAAAGAUGUUGAUGGAACUAUAGCUUGGUCUACGAAUACUGCGGACAAGUCUGUUGCAGGCUUAAACUUGACUGAUAUGGGAAAUCUUGUGCUUUUUGAUGAUAAAGAUAGAGUAGUUUGGCAAUCUUUUGAUCACCCAACUGACUCUUUGGUUCCUGGACAAAAGCUGGUAUCAGGAAAGAAACUUAUCCCUAGUGUUUCUGCAACAAAUUGGACUCAAUUGAGUUUGCUUUUGAUCUCCGUUACUGAUGAAGGCAUGUUUGCUUCAGUAGAGUCUAAUCCACCACAGGUGUAUGAAGAACUUCAAGUUUAUGGCAAAAAGACUAAUAGAGAACCAACCUAUGUCACUCUUCGAAAUGGAAGCUUUGCAUUGUUUGCAAAUUCUUCUGAGCCAAGUGAGCCAGAUAUGUUCGUGAACGUUCCUCAGGCCUCAUCAACACAAUAUGCAAGAUUUUUUGCUGAUGGGCAUUUGAGAGUUUACGAGUGGGGAACAAAUGGGUGGACAGUAGUAGCAGAUCUGCUUUCAUCUCCAGGGUAUGAAUGUUUCUACCCUACAGUUUGUGGGAAUUAUGGCAUUUGCUCAGAUAGACAGUGCAGUUGUCCUUCGACGGCCUAUUUCAAGCAGAUAACUGAUAGACAGCCUAAUCUUGGGUGUUCUGCAAUUACUCCCUUGUCUUGUGGAGCUUCACAAAAUCAUAGUUUCUUAGAGCUCAAAGAUACAACCUAUUCCUCCUUUCAGGCAGACCUUCAAAAUGUGGAUUCAGAGAGUUGCAAGAUGGCUUGUCUAAAGAAUUGCUCGUGCAAAGCUGCAAUUUUUCAAUAUGGUUCUGAUUCUGCCAAUGGUUUUUGCUACAUGCCAAAUGAGAUAUUUUCAUUGAUGAACAAUGAUAAGGAAAAAACUCAUUACAACUCUACCGUAUACUUAAAGGUGCAGGAUGCCCCAAAGUUGCCAAAUGUUCCAGUCGUGUGAAAUGCCCCAGCCGAAGCUAUACUUCGUGGGCUUUUUAUUUAAAUAGAAUAAAAUAAAAAAUUGUAAUUUCAUAUAUUUUUCCAACUAUGUCAUUUAGUAGCAAAAGUAUAAUAUACAAUUUAUGUAUUUUUUUCUUAUUUAA